AUGAGUAAUGAUAAUAUUGAUGAAUAUAAUUUGUUAACAUCUAUAGAAAGUCGACAUCGAAAAGAAAGGAAAGAACUACAAAGCAAAAUCCAAGGAUUAAAAAAAGCUGCUAAAAAUGACAAGACAAGGAAGAAAGAACUAACAGCCGAAAUUGCUAAAUUAGAAGCUGAGUUGGAGUCGAGACAAACUGUAGAAAUAGAAGUACUCAAAAGAGAUGAUAUUAACGAAACUUCGUCUUUAAUAGAUGAUGAAAACCUUAGGCAAAAUAAAGAUAAUAAUAUUAAGUUAUCCAAAGCUCAGAAACGAAGAAAUAAAAAAAAUCAAGAAGAACAGGAAAGAGCCGAACAAAUUAAACUUCAAGAAAAAGAAAACCGACAUGGUCCAAGGAAUUUGGAAAUGCAAGCUAUAUUAGCAAGACUAAAAGAAAGACACCUUAAUAUUUUUAAUGUCAGUUCAGAUGGUGAUUGCCUCUAUAAAGCUAUCGAACACCAACUAACACAUAAGAGAAACAUUACAGUCACUGUUGAUGAGCUGAGAAAAAAUGUGUGUAAUCACAUAAAAGAAAAUAAAGAUGAUUUUUUACCAUUUCUUACAAACCCAAAUACUUUUGAAAUGCUUACUAGUGAGGAAUUUGAAGAUUAUUGUGAAAAAAUUUGUAGCACUAAAGUAUGGGGUGGUCAAUUAGAGAUCCGAGCCUUAUCUAAUUGUCUAAAAUGCCCAAUCACUGUUAUCCAGGCAUCAGGUCCAGAAACUAUUGAGCAGGGUAAUGAUUAUGAAGGGCCACCUUUAAUAAUAACAUAUCACCGUCAUAUGUAUAGCUUAGGUGAACAUUAUAAUUCCACUGUGACAUUAGUUCAAGAUGAGAUAGAUAACCAUUAG